AUGGAUCUUACAUCAGCCCGUGGAACAAAGCUCAACGAUAUCGUAAUCGGUCACCGCCCUAGCACAGGCCGCGGAAAGAAACUUACCCUUGCGCAAGAGGGCGUUCUGAGGAGACUCUAUGAACAAGAAUUGCCCUCCGUAUCCAAUGAUGAGGUACCAGUGAAAGCGUUCUGGCUGAAUCUCGCGUCGCGGUUUCAUGAUCAGACCGGUCGCGAGUAUUCAUGGUUGUCUGUGAAGCGGCGGGCUGCGGGUUGGGGCCACAAGUCUCCAGAAGUUGACCACCGACUGGAUAUCUCCCGUGAUAGCGAGCUCGUGGUCGAGAAUUCCGUAGCUGAGCCUAGUCAUGAAGAUGUCGCUCAUGAAUCCCCACGAAAGAAGGGUUCAUGUGACAGCGAACAACCAGCGCUACCGCAACAAAAGCCUUCCCUGCACUCGCAAGAUUCGAACAUCCCGAAGUCGUCUCAACUUGAAAGGAAUCCUGACUCCGGCGACUGGCUGCAGCGCAGUUCGUUACCAGGCACCGAAGACCCAAUUCAAGACAAGAAUAGCAAUGUCAAAUGCCCUCGUGUGGCUCAGCGUCGUCCCCGGUCAAUAUCACCCCACCGUGGAUUGCAGCCUAGAUAUCGUUAUCGAUCUCCUUCAACAACGAGACGCACCAAAAUUGUCUCCAGACGACUGCAUCACCAUCUGGGCUCUUCAUCCGAUGGGAUGGUCAUGCCUGCCCCCUACCCUUUGUCCGGCUCCUCCCCAGCCCAUGAAGAUAUACCGCUCGGCCAUCUAAGUACACAAGCCCCUCCUGAGUUCAGCCGCCUCCGCAAGUCCGUGGAAAAGAGUGAGCCUCAGAAAAGUCCUCGUGAUGGAGCAAGGUCUAAGCGAGGAGAGAGUAAAGUAAGCGACGGUGUUCUUGGAUCGGCGCACUUAUUCGAGCAAGAUGGCUUACCACCAACCCCAACUCGAAUUAUGAGAAGACGUGUUGCAAAAUGA